AUGGAUGUUACAGGCACUACUAGCAAUUUAUCAUUGGAUGAGUAUUAUGCUAUGCAAAAGGACGAAAUUGAAGUUAUUCGAUCCAUUUAUUCGACAGACUUCAAAAAUUUAACUGUACAGAAAUCAAAAUGGGAUAAAAACCCCCAAAUAGUUUUUGAAAUUUCAUUAAGGUCUGUGAGAAAAGAACCGGCAGAACUGUCCCUAGUAUUAAAUAUUACAUUGCCACCAACUUAUCCAAAUGCAGAACCCAUCAUAAAAUUUAAGGAAUUAGAAAAUAUAGUUUACUCCCAAGUUCAAAAACUAGAAAAGAGAAUCCAUGAGAUUUAUCUAGCUUCUAAGGGCGAACAAAUCAUUUAUGAAAUAACACUAAUGGUUCAAGAAAAUAUAGAUGAAUUUCAAGUCAAUGCUAACAAUCCACAAUCUUUAGAAGAAGAAAGAUUCCAGAGGCUUAAAUUCGAAAGGGAAAAAUUCCAAGAAGAACAAGAAAAAUUAAAAGCACAAGAAGAGCAAGUUAAACUGAAAGAACAACAACUAGUCGAUGAACUUGUUGAAAAGGAACUCCAAAGAAGACAAUUUGUUACAUAUUCUAACCAUCAAACAAUGCUUGAUUCAUCAGAAUCAUCACUCUCAAGCCAUAUUCAUGGUUCGACUCAUAGCGAUCUGUCAGUAACUGGAAAUAACAAUGAUUUUGGCUAUAAUAAUCUACAACAUACUGAUGCUAAUCAUAAUACUGUUACUGAUAACAUCAACAAUGAUAGCGCAGUCCAUGAAUCACCAAUGAACGGUGUAAAUAGUAUGUUAGUGACUGCUCACAAAUUCAACAAUAAUUACAUGAAAAAGGAUAAAUCAAUUGAUUUAUUGCCCCCACAAGAAUGGGUAAAUUCGGGACAAGCUUAUGUUUUUGCCAAAACUAUAAAGGGCAAAUUGCCUAAUAAUGUCUAUUACAGGUUUAGAGCUGUAGUUAACCCACAAAGUAUAAUUUUAACCAACGAUGUGUUAUCUUUUGCCGCGCAAUAUUUGGUUAAGCCUUUUAUACCUCCGGAUUCGCCUUUGGCCUCUUCUUUGGCAGUAUCUGGAAUGAUGGAUAAUUUCUACUAUUUGUUAACUGAAGUUUCCUUGGAUAACCCCUAUUUCAACACUUCUAAUGGUAAAAAAGAGAUAUCUAAUUUAGAGAAAGAAUUAGAAUCAUUACUAAGAGUUUCGCAUGAAAAUGUUUAUAAACUCUAUGCAUAUACUGUGGAAAGAACAGGUACUAACAAUUCCAAUUUUUGUUGGAAAAUAAGAUUAUUAACCGAAUAUGGCAAUACAAACGCAAUUGGAGACAUUAUUUCAUCGGUGGGUUAUAUUAAUUUGGCAACCUCCAGAGGCUGGCUAAUUAGGUUGCUAGAAGGUUUAGAAGCAUUGCAUAAAAAUGGGCUAAUUCAUAAAUACAUUAAUUUGGAAACUGUCCAUUUAAGCAAAGACUUAGAUUUUGGAACUACUAUACCUAAAUUAAUGCACUCCACAUAUGCCUUUAUAUUGAUCAGUAUGCUAUCAAGGUAUCCUAAUAAAUCAAAGUCCACAGCAUACACGAAUAUAGAUUUGAUUUCUUGUUCGUGGAUGCCACCUGAACUACUGGAAAAAGAUGCAAAAAGAAGUAGAAAAACAGAUAUUUGGGAAUUAGGAGUUUUAUUUGUUAAAAUGAUUAGCGGUAUUGAUACAACUUUGAACUUCCCAACCCCUAGUGAUUUUUUUGCCAGUGUUGAAAUGGAUUCGAGUUUGGAAGAUUUUUUAAAGACAAUGUUAAACGAUAAUCCAAAAAAAAGAUGUAGUCCAUUGGAAUUAUUGCCAAUGAAAUUUUUGAGAACUAACAUAGAUCCAAACAUAGCCAAGUUCAAACUAUUGACACUACCAGAAAAAUCAAUAUCAUCCACCUCUUUAAUAAAAAGACAACACUCGAAUAUAUCGUUUGUUGAUGAUGUGAAAAGCAUCAAAACGGGUACCAGUCGCGCAACAUCGCAAUCUGAUAGGAGGAGAAGCUUUAAUAUUGGAUCUAGGUUUUCAUCUGUUACUUCUGCUUUCAAAUCUAGAUAUGCCACCGAUUUUGAAGAAAUUGCAGUUUUAGGUAAAGGUGCAUUUGGGCAAGUUGUUAAGGCAAGGAAUUUGUUAGAUAGUAGAUAUUAUGCUAUCAAAAAGGUAAGACAAACUGAAACAAAAUUAUCUACGAUUUUAAGCGAGGUAAUGUUAUUGGCCAGUUUAAACCACCAAUAUGUUGUGCGUUAUUAUGCUGCAUGGUUGGAAGAAACAGCACCAAUUGCGUAUAAUGAAACUGUUUUUGACAGUAGCAGUGAGGAAAAUAGUGAUGAUGCUGAUAGUUUCAGUAAUACAGACGCAAAUGGUCGAAGUGAAACCACUGAUUCAUAUCUAAAAUUAAGAACAGGAUUUCCUUCAGCAACUAAUAGUAAUUGGGAUUUUAUAUCGAAUUCGUUCCAGAAUACCAGUAAUAAUAUCAGUACCAACACAAGUAAGAACACAAAUGAUGAUGAUGAUGAUGAUGAUGAUGAUGUUAAUAAUAAUAAUACACUAAGUAAUAAUGAUAGUUUUCCUGAAAUUGUUUUUGAAAAUUCAACUGAUGAAGAAGAUAACGGGGAAGAUGAAGAAUAUGACAGUAAUAAUGAUAUACUCAGUACAAGUGAUUCCGAAUCUGAAGAUCAGGAUAUUGCUUUAGAAUUGGAUUUUGGUGACAUGAAAAAGAAACAUAUGAAGUCGACUAUAUCCAAUUAUGAAAAAAGCACACUAUAUAUUCAAAUGGAGUAUUGUGAAAAUAGAACAUUAUAUGAUUUAAUCCACGCAGAAAAUUUAAGUCGACAAAAGGAUGAAUAUUGGAGACUAUUCAGGCAAAUGCUGGAAGCAUUAAGCUAUAUCCAUUCACAAGGUAUUAUUCAUCGUGAUUUGAAACCCAUGAACAUCUUCAUUGAUGAAUCUUUAAAUAUUAAAAUAGGGGAUUUUGGUUUGGCCACAAAUAUUCAUAAACCUGUUGAACUCUUAAAGCUAGACUCCAUUGCAAGUGCUAAUGGAACUACUUCUACUUCAACAGCUAACACUAACAUUACUGGGGAUUUAACAUCUGCGAUUGGAACUGCACUCUAUGUUGCGAGUGAAGUUUUGACAGGGCAUGGUCAAUACAAUGAGAAGAUCGAUAUGUAUUCGUUGGGCAUUAUUUUUUUUGAAAUGAUUUAUCCGUUUAGUACUGGUAUGGAAAGAGUUAACGUAAUCAGAAGAUUAAGAUCGCCCUCUAUUGAUUUCCCUAGUGAUUUUGAUCAGCACAAGUUUAAAACAGAAAAGAAAAUUAUUAAAAGUUUAUUGAACCAUGACCCUAAUAAAAGACCCAGUGCUAAGGAGUUAUUGAAAAGCGGCUGGUUGCCUGUCAAACACCAGGACGAAAUUGUUAAAGAGGCCUUGAAAAAUUUAGGUGAUCCAUCGUCCCCCUGGCAGCAACAAGUUAGAGAAGGUUUAUUCAAUCAAACAUACAGUUUAACCACAGAUAUUUUGUUCGAUGAUACUACUAAUACAGCCCAGAGCAAAACAACUCCAAAUUUUAAUGCCAUAUUGAAUUCCCAAAUGAAGAAAUUUGUAGAGAACAUUUUCCAACUGCAUGGUGGUGUGGAGACUAGUGCUCCACCGAUUAUUUUUCCUAAGAAUCCAAUAUAUUCAAACCAGAAUGUUUAUGAAUUAUUGGAUAGAGGGGGCGCCGUUUUGCAGUUGCAAUAUGACUUAACUUAUCCGAUGGCAAGAUACUUAUCAAAGAAUGCUUCAUCAUUGUCUUCUUCUUCUUCUUCUGUUUCUAAUUCUGUUUCUAAACAAUACAGAAUCCAGCAUGUUUACAGACCGCCACUUCAUGAAUUAGCCAGUCUCGAGCCAAGAAAAUUUAGAGAAGUUGAUUUUGAUAUUAUUUCGACGAAUGCUUCCGAGUCACCAUUCCAUGAUGCUGAAAGCAUGAAGAUUAUAGAUGAAAUAAUAGCCAAGCUACCAGUAUUCAAGAAAACAAACACGUAUUUUGUAAUAAAUCACGCUGAAAUUUUAGAGAAUGUAUUUAAUUUUUGUUCAAUUGACAGAGCCCAACGCACACUUGUUUCCCAUUUGUUAUCGCAAGUGGGGUUUACCAAAACAUUUAAGGAGGCUUCCCAGGAAUUAAAAUUGCAACUAAACUUGACAUCUACCUCUUUGAAUGAUUUGGAAUUAUUUGACUUUAAAUCUGAUUUUGAAAGCACUAAGAAAAAGCUAGCUAAGCUUAUGUCUGAAAGCCCAUAUUGGGGUAAAAUGGAGGAAUCUUUAAAUCAUUUGUCGAAAAUUUUAAAUUUUUUAAAACAAUUUGGUGUUAAUAGACAUAUUGUUAUUUCGCCCUUGAGCAAUUAUAAUUUUGCAUUUUAUAAAAAUGGGGUUAUGUUCCAAGCAGUUUAUGAUGACGGUAGAUUGAAACAGUUAAUUGCAACUGGUGGUAGAUAUGAUAGUUUGAUUUCCCUAAUUACAAGACCUUCAGGUGGUAAAACAAAAAAUAUUAAAAGGUCUGUCGGCUUUAAUUUAGCUUGGGAAACGAUGUUUUAUGUUGUAUCAAAUUACUUCAAACUAGCUAGCGGGAGAAAAAUCAAAAAAAGAAGUAAAUUUUUAAAAGAAACCGAGCUAGAUUGGAAACCAAAAAGAUGCGAUGUUAUCGUAGCUAGUUUUACCAACGCAAUGUUAAACACGUUUGGUGUAGUUAUAUUAAAUGAACUUUGGAAAGCUGGGAUAAGCGCUGACAUAAUACGCGAUUGUUUUAACGUUGAUGAUGUUGUAACAACGGCUCAAAAGGAUGGGGUUGAAUGGAUAGUUUUAAUUAAGCAGCAACAGCUGAACUCUUAUAUGGGUACUCCACAUAGCGGCCAUAAUAAAAGAUAUUAUAAGCCUUUGAGAAUUAAGAAACUAGGUAAUAAUCCCAUUGAUGUGGAUCUAGAUCUUGAUGAAUUCAUUAUAUUGUUUAAAAGGGAAGAAUUAAGAAAAAAUAAAUAUCUCAAUGAAAUUCUAUUUUCAGGCAAUAUAUUGGGAGAAGAUGGGUUAUGGAAUUGGGGUCCAGCCUCUUCAUCUAGUGUCGCUUCAAAUAAUUUAUUUAAUGCAUCUUUUGGUAGUGCUGCUGCUAGGAUGAAAAACAUGGGGUUUGAAUCGACCAAAAGGAUAAUGGACACUGGUGCUCCAAUAUCCAAUUCAUCGCUUAAUUAUAACAAUGGUAAUGUUAUGAUAAAUAGAUAUCAAAUGCAUAAUAGCAAGAACAAUGCUGAUUAUGAUGAUGAUGAUUAUGAUGCUAAUGGUAAUAGUAAUAAUAAUGGUAAUUCAAUAGUUAGUAAUAGUUUUACUAAGAAUCUAGAUGGAAAUAUUAUACUUGGUAGUGAAAAUACUAAUAAUACAGUUGAUAAUAUGAACAAUAGCUUUUUAUUAAGCAAUAUAAAUAACAAUAGUACAAGUAACACGAACAAUUUGCAUGAAAAUAUUUUGGAUCUAGAUACCUUGGCUUCUCAUUCUGUUAGUAAUAACGUUGAUAAUAUUGGUAAUAAUAAUGGUAUGGUUAAUGUUGAUGGUGCUAAGAAUGGCAAUAAUAAUAAUAAUAAUAAUAAUAAUAAAUCGUUAGUUCAUGAUUUCAAUAGACAAAAAGUGGUUUAUAUACCAAACAUGGCUACCAGAUCAAAGAAAAACAGUAGGAAAGAAAAAUGGAAGUAUGAAGAAAGUGCAAGAGAAGCAUCCAAACAAAUUGUACAAAGUUUAGCUUCUGCUCCAAUUUUUGAAGUUGAUGCCUUGAGAGAAGAGACAUUAGAAAUUAUCUCAAUAACAUCAUUGCAACAAAAGGAUGAAUGGUUACGUAAGGUUUUCGGGUCAGGUGCCAAUUCCGCACCUAGAAGUUUUGCCACUAGUAUUUAUAAUAAUUUAUCAAAAGAGGCGGCUAAGGGAACUAGGUGGGCCAUAUUGCACUCUAAUAAAACGGGCAAAUCAUGUGUUGUUGAUUUACAAAGAUGA